CUCGGCAUGGACCAGGUACAAACCGCGAUUCACCAGCACGAUUACAAUGGUAUGAAGGCAGUACACUACGCAGCUGCUGUGGGAGAUGUUGAUGCACUCAAGGUCCUUCUUUUCCCAGCGAACCUAUUUGACCGCAAAGUUAAUAUAUGGAGGCUUCAAAAUGAACUACUUCGUUCUGAGCGCAUGCCUUCACAGCGACAGGACGCUGAACACGAUCAUUCAACCUCUGAUUAUCUACCAGACUCGGAUAGACCCCCACAAACCUGGCUAGAUAUCUUCAAAGAACUGCCAGCAGAUUUUAAGGACAGGGUUGAGUUGCCGAAUAUCACUUUCUCGGAAUGGCGGCUUGUAAGAUCUACUUACUAUCUCAUACCCGAGAAACUCAGCAGUAAAGAGAAGAACAGGACUCCACUCCACGAGGCAGUCUUGGGGGGUAGCUUGGGAGCAGUCAAGUUUCUGUUGUCAUACUCUGGAAUCGACGCAAGCAUCCGUGAUGUUGAUGGCAAGACGGCAGCAGUUCUGGCUCUGGGUCGUGACCACUACGAUGUCUAUAACCUCAUCAUCAAUCACAUGAGAGAGAAGGAGGUGUAGUGAAGAUAUUAUGGAUCCGCAAUACAUGGUUGUCUAGAUGAAUACCUUAUCUAGGGAGUUUCAAAUGGUACAUAG